UAUGUUGUUGAUGAUGAGCUCAAGGACUGGGUUUGGGGAACUGCCCACAAGAAAUGGAGAGAUUUCAAGUCAGAUUUGAAAGAGAAGCAUUUCAAAGAAGAAAAAACUGAGGAAGAACUACUUGCUUGUAGGGAUGAUAGGGUCCCAAUUGAGGAUUGGCAGUGGCUUGUCACACGCUGGAGAAGCGAAGACUUUAAGAAACGUAGUGACCAAGGAAAAAAGAAAUCGAUCAAGGCAGAAGGUGAUGCAUACAGCUGGAAGUAAGAGUUAUGCCCGUAUUGCGUCUGAAAUGCACAAAGAAAAUGGAUACGCCCCUCGUAGAGAUGAAUUGUUCCUGAGAACACACUCAAAAAGGAAAGAUGGAACCCCUAUUGAUAAAGACACUGCCAAAAUAAUUUCAGACAUAGAGGAAGCAAUUGAAACUAAUCCAGAACUGCUAGAGAAAACAAUUGAGCAAGGUGACGUUUUGGCACAUGUAUUGGGGAAAGAGAAAAAUGGGUAUGUUCGGUGCGUAGGAAUGGGCCCGAGUCCUGGAAGGCUUGGAAUUCCAGGAGGGCAGAAGCUUAAAUCUACGAAGCUGCAAAUGGCAGAGGAAGAGACCAAGGAGGCAUGGCGGGCUAAUGAUGUUCUAAAGGAGCAUGUAGAAGAAAUUCGAGAAGAAACCAAAUCCAAGAUUGAUGGCCUUAUGGAAGAAAUUGACCUACUCAAGUGGAUGAUGGCGCAGACAAUUGCUGCAAACAAUAAGACGAAGAGUAUUGAGAGAGAACCUGAGGACCCUGAAGGUAGUGUUGGUGAAUCCUAUGCUAUUGAAGAUCACUGUGAACUCGAUGAUGAGGAAGAAAGAGUCCAGCAAGAGAUGAGGAAAGCGAAGGAAUAUUUUGAGAAGAAACAAGAAGAAGUUCAGCUCUUGCAGAAGAAGAAGAAAGAAGCAGAGAUCUUGCAGAAAAAGAAGGAAGUAGAGAUCUUGCAGAAAAAGAAGGAAGCUGAGGUCUUGCAGAUGAAAGGCGUCGCUUUGAACCAAAACAAGGAAGAUGCACUUGCUCGGAGAAUGAAGGAUGCUGAAGGACACCAGAAGAACCAAGAAACCUUGCAGAAGAAGGAUGCUGAGACACGCAAAAAGCCACAGAAGGAAGCAGCAGUUAAACAAAGAAAUCAUCAGGUCAACAGGAAUGCAGACUAGUUCGUUCCAGGCAAGGCGCGCUAUGAUGACACUGGUGGUUGGAUGAGAUCUCUUUUUGUUUUCCAGCUGAAGUAUCUUGAAAUAUUUAUGAAUGUUGCACUGCUAGUGGGCUGAUGUAUUAGUCGCAAUAUAACUGGCAUAUGUAUGCAAUGUCGAGUCAGACUGUAUGAUCAGACUAUGAAUCUAUCUAUGUGAUCAGACUAUUCCGAAUGACCUGAUGUUGUUUCUGAAUUCAUGUGUAUGUGAAAUGUUUGAUGACCUGAUGUUGUCUCUGAAUUCAUGUGUAUGUGAAAUGUUUGAUGACCUGAUGUUGUUUCUGAA